CGCCGCCACAUCUUCGAGAGAAGAAAUCGACUGAAUCCGUAGUACUGGAAUAGAAUGAAAUUGAGGAGCCACUCCAUACCAUCAUCUAGUUCUACAUUAAGUAUGCAAGAAGUUCUAAGUCCGACUAAGAUAGGGGAAUCGUUCCUCCGAACCAGUCGCAACCUUUUCGACGUGGCCGCCGAAACCAGCGAAAGGACUCUCUUUGUGGUUCCUGCCGGAAGCAUUCCGGAAACGGAAAGUAGAAAGGAACAAAUUAUUCAGGUGGUCGGUAUGACCGUAUUUUUUGUGGUCCUCCCUUUUGUGAUCACCAUCCUGUUUUGCUGCGUUGCUUAUAAGCACUUCAAUGUCACUGUCGAGAGGGACGAUAUCCGAAAUGCGACGCCAAGGGUUCCACAGCGCCGAUCUACGACUAGGAGAGAGCUUCCAACGGUGGAAUUAUCUUUGGGAGACAACGAUGGCGAUGGCGAAGAAUCGUGCUCGGAAACGUGUACCGUAAUGAGCCAGGAUAUGGACCUGAAAAGCGACAUCGAUGCCAAACAACCCGACUCAGUCCGAUGACAAUAUGCUGAAAUGUUUUAUUCCUGGAUACAAAAGUAGCAAUAAGACAGAUUUGAUUCGAACUCUAUCUCUCGGUAAAAGAUUACUUUCUUUCCUUCACCCCACUUUUGAUUCGAUCACUGUUUCAUCGGAAUCAUGAAAUAGUGAGGGAAAUAAGCUAUGGCAUUCCGGCGUAGAACACAACAAAGUAAGUGGUUUCCAACAACAAAAAGAAAACCCGAUGGAUAUCAUCGUCCGACAGAGAACGAUCCGGGGUAGUUUGGUGCGGCUUCUGGUAUGGAAAGCAACAACCUCGGAUUAUAUCGGUGAAAUGACAUCGGCGAGAUAGCAUCGGCGAGAUACGAGUCGGACACAGCACUAUAGCCUCUCUCGUGCUCGGGGCGCUGCAGGCACAACCCGCAGAGGCUACCUUCCGGCAUGGACCUAUCGUUGAUGCAGUAAAUAAUAUUAAAAAACACUUAAUCCAUUGUAAUGGUAUUGUUGCUGUGAUGACUAUACUUUCCGCGCCUUCUCGAUCUGUGUCAUGACUGCCUGUUUCGAGACCUGGUUUUCGUUUUUGAUGUGGUGCUUGAGUAGGUCCCGCAGGACGCGGUGGGCGACAGCUUCUUCGGUGAAUUUCGCCGUGGAUCCUUCCUCGUUCACGUAGACGUUCUUUUGGGAUUCGUGUACGCACUCCUCCACCUUUUUCUUGUAGGCCUGUGGGUCCGAUUCGGCCAGCUCCUUGGCAGCGGUGUUGGCCCGUGCGUCGGCAAAGUUCUUGGCGUAAAAGAUUUUCUUAAGGUAGGUCAGGACGGUCACCAGGUAGUGCCGGGAGGGAUCCCACGUCGGAUACGCGCUCUGGACGUCGAGCUCUCCCGUGGCUUCGUUCACGUACGGAUUAAAGACGUGACUCGAAAAGGUGAUUCUCGGCCACAUGUUCGUGUCGUUGUACUUGGCCGGCAGGUUCAGCCGGAACUUGAAAAUCCCGUUGGUGAAGGGCCCCCGCCGGACAAAGAUGAUUCCGUGGAAAUCCCGCAGGGAAUUCAUCGAGGGGAUCAGGUACACCCC